CUGUACAUAAUCUGUACAUCUGCUUCAAUUGGUUUUCCAACAAAUACUGUUGACAGAGAAAAAUAAGUGUGGUGUUUUGUUUUUUUUCUUGUGGGAUUUCUCUAUUCCAAGAAGUGGAGAAAUGUUGCUUGUAUAUAGAAAUGCAUAUAAAACACAUGAGGUGAUUCGAAUGAUCUUUAAGUGGCUAUUGCCUAGUAGUGAACGCUUUUCAAAACUCUGGCCUUCUGCCCCCUGAUGGACAGUAGAGGAACUGCUGGGUGGACAUGGCCUAGGAUAAAUUAUGGUGUACAAUAUCCAAUUCAAAUUUCUGUAACACUCUUUGCUGUCAGUUGUAAAUAGUAUGCAGUGUCCUUCACAUUAUGAUACACGGUGAUCCUUUUCGGAAAUGACAUUCUUAUAAUAUAAUUUAUAUACAUUUAUAUAUGUUCUUUUUAAUAUUAUACUCCCAAAAAUGGGGGUCUUAGAGCUCUUGGUAUAUUUUCGGGGGUCUAUACGUUCAAAAGUCGUGUGAAGUGAUUUAAAUACGAUUUCCAUAAACGUUAGGCUUAUUUAAACCAUGCGUCACGCAAAGCAUCAGCAGGGUCAAAUAUUGUGUGCAUCUUGUGUUUAAAUCAUGUUUUAUUUCAUCUUAGAUAAAUGUUGGGGCUAAUUUAAGCAGGAAAGCACAGAAAGAUUGGACUCUCUUUUAGUCCCCCCGGAAUGGUUGAAACCCCUUUUUGUGGGUAUCAAAACGUGUUAAACUUGAACUAACGAUUUAAAAAGAAAAAAGAUAGAAAGUGAAGAAAAGAAAAGAAAUGGCGCCUUUGUAUUUGAGUCACACGUGAUUCCCGGUGCUGUACAUCCCUCUGCUGUCAAUAGUAUGUACUGCACGCGCUAUCAAAACACUGCAUGAGAGGUUGUUGUUGUGUGACGUCAGAGCUGGCAGGAGCGAGGCAGCAACGGCCAUCUACUACAGCUCUGUAAUGACAACAUUACUGACACAUCUGCCUAUAGACGUCCAUGGCAAAGACCCAGAGUCAAGCACACGAUGCUGCUUCCAUCCAGCCUAGCUUGAUGUUGUGUUCCUGUGCUUCCUCAUCAAUGGUAAGGACCCAGCUGAACUCCAGCCUUCGUCACCGUCUCAGUAUGGAGGUCAACAGGGGAGAGACAAGCCGGCCGAAGACACCUUCGCUCACGUCUCCCCAAUCGCGCAAGAAGGAGAACUUCACAUUCGGCAAAAUUUUGGGAGAGGGGUCCUUCUCCACGGUCGUGCUUGCUAAAGAACUGGCCACAGGAAGGGAAUAUGCAAUGAAGAUACUGGAGAAGAACCACAUAAGGAAAGAGAACAAAGCACACUAUGUUAUGCGGGAGAAAGAUAUAUUGUCAAGCAUUAAUCAUCCCUUUUUCGUAAAGCUGUACUUCACAUUUCAAGAUUCACAUAAGUUAUAUUUUGCUCUCAGUUACGCAAAGAACGGAGAGCUUCUUCGGUACAUUCGUAAGAUAGGCUCAUUUGAUGAGACUUGCACAAGAUUCUACACUGCUGAGAUAGUUUGUGCACUUGAAUAUUUGCACUCAAUAGGAAUUAUUCAUAGGGACCUUAAACCAGAGAACCUUUUACUGAAUGAAGAGAUGCACAUUCAAAUUACAGAUUUUGGGACUGCAAAACAGUUGCUGUCGGACAGCACUCAAAAAAGAGCAAAUUCUUUUGUUGGGACUGCACAGUAUGUUUCUCCAGAGCUGCUGACCGAAAAAUCUGCUUGCAAAAGCUCGGACCUCUGGGCACUUGGUUGCAUAAUCUACCAGCUGGUGGCCGGAUUACCUCCGUUUAGAGCCGGGAACGAGUACUUGAUUUUCCAGAAAAUUUUAAAGCUGGAGUACGCAUUUCCUGAGAAGUUCUUCCCCAAAGCUAAAGAUCUGGUGGAGCGGCUGUUGUGUUCGGACCACACAAAGCGACUGGGAUGUGAGGAAAUGGGUGGGUUCAAUCCUCUGAAAAGCCACAUGUUCUUCGAGACAGUCUCAUGGGAGAACCUGCAUGUUCAGACUCCACCCAAGCUGACUCCUUAUUUGCCGGCCAUGGCUGAAGAUGAUGAAGAUUACUACGGAAAUUAUGAGGAUCUUCUCAGCCAGUUUAGCAGCCUUCAGGUUGUUCCAUCCAGGUCUUCCCAGGCCCUCUCAGUCCCGACAACUGUUCUCCCCCAGAGAUCCUGCAGCAAUAUUGAGCAAUACAUCCACGACCUGGACUCCAACUCAUUUGAGCUGGACCUACAGUUCUCCAGGGAGGAGAAACAACUGCUCCUGAAGAAGCAAACAAGUGGCAACCCUUGGCACCAGUUUGUUGAAAAUAAUUUGAUAUAUAAAAUGGGACCAGUUGACAAAAGAAAGGGUCUGUUUGCUAGACGCAGACAGCUUUUGCUGACUGAAGGACCACAUCUAUAUUAUGUGGACCCUGUGAAUAAAGUACUAAAGGGGGAAAUCCCAUGGUCGCCAGAGUUGCGUCCUGAGGCCAAGAACUUUAAGACAUUUUUCGUGCACACGCCAAACAGGACAUAUUAUCUAAUGGAUCCUAGUGGUAAUGCAGACAAAUGGUGUAAGAAGAUCCAAGAGGUGUGGGGAACAAUAUACCACUAACAUCAGACUCAAGGUAUCACACAGUCAAGUCUUCACGGUCAGAGCCCUUCAGGUCAAGAACCAGAGAGAAACUUCUUUGUGUGCUUGUACAAUUCCUAAGUCUAUUGCACCAGUGUUCCUUUGUGAAAAAGGAUGUUUUGCUCACUUGCUGUGUUUCUCUUAUUGCUGUUAUUUAAAAUCAAUCGAUACAGCAAAUCUGUAAGUGGUAUAUUUUGUAUGUGUAUGUUUAUACAUAGGAAAUACCCCUUCAAAGCUUGGAAAAAGAGAAACACUCACAAAUAUGUUGCCUUGUAAAAUAAUUCCAAAUGCUUUUGGCUGCUUCCCCGGUUGCUGUCAUAGCUUUAGUGGACCAGAGACACUCAGAUUAUCCUGCAGGUCAAGUAUAUAUUUAAAAGAUAAUGAAAACAUGAAAAUAGUAUAUUUAUUCUUUUAGACAUCAUAUUUACAUGUGUAAGAUCCACUGGUAGUUUAACAAUGACUGCGCUUCUCUGCAGUUUUACCAUUCUUAAUCAUUAUGAAGCUGCAUACUGUAUUGAAAACUGCUGUAAAAUGGGAUUUAUUUAUAUUGGUGAAGAGCAAGUGUUGAGUCAUCAUCGUACUUAAAAUUUUGUAAAAUUGCUUAAAUCUACUGUUUAUAUUUGUUAUUAUAUUUUCCUUAAAACAUUUGUUUGAAAGUCUCAAUAAGGUACCUUGCAUCACAUACACUGCAAGAAAGCGACAUGACACAAUCUAACAAACGUAGACCGUUCUCAUAUUCAACAAAACAGCGACAGUUGAUUGUAACGAGAGCGGUCUCAUCUUGUGGUGUUGUGUAGAGUCGCUCACCAGAGGUGUAAACAUGGUGUUAUUCCUACAGGGACUGUGCUGUGAAGAGAAUCGUAACUGUAAAUAAGGGUCAUGUUUAGAAAUGCAGCUAUUGUGUAUACUAAAGGAUGUUUGGUUCAAAACAGAUCACGUGAGAGCUGUGUGUUUGUUCAAUUUUCUGUUUAAAAAUCUACUAGGUUUGUCACCGAACACAACUGUGAUGUACAGAUGAUGCAUUAUUCAGAGAGUAACACAGUGUUACUAGAUUUGCACCUUGUAUAAUUUUAUUCUUAUAUGAAGUUAUUUGCUGGCAGUGGCUCAGCCUGUAGUAUCUUGUAUUAUUUAAAUUCUAAUAUUCAGAGAUUUUAAUUGAACCACAUUCAGGGGCCAUGUUUUGUAAAUAUUGACAUGUAAAGCCUUUGAAUGUGAAUAAUUGCUGAAUAAAGGGUCCAGUGUUUAUGCUGUUGGGUAUCUAAAAUUCUACUGAAGAAUGUCCUGUAGAAGUUCGAGUCUCAUAAUAAAAGCAUAUUUGAAGAGUAAUAUAUUUCUUGUCAAUAGCUUUUGGUAGCAUGUGCAGGGCUUCAGUGCUAAGACAACAGUUCCCAAUAGACUUCCCUGUCUUAAACAUUUCAGUUGGGUCUCUCAUGCAUGCAGGCUGUUUACGUUUCUCAACGUCUUGCAGAGCAGAAUGACGUCAUGCUGACUAAACUCACUUUUGAGCUUUCCAGGUCUAAAGAUGUACAGUGAUGUUAUACCCACAGGGUAUCCAAGACAGCAAAGUAACAUCAUUCCUGUUGCUAAGUGUAGUAGGAUAUACAUUUCACUUUAACAAAAGCAGGUGUGUCAUGUGUAUAGAUGUGAUUUACUGUAUCAACACUUUUGUUAUGUUCACAUCGUCUGGAGUAAACCUGAACGUGUCCCAUAUGACAAGGCAGAUUAUUUUACAAUAUGCUGUAUUAUUUUUCUAAUCUAAAUGUUAUCUUAAAAGACGUCAAAUUAAUCAUAAAAUAAAAAGUGUAAAUCAA